UGGUAAGGCUUCUCUUGCUAUAUAUAAAACCACCCUCUUCAAGCCCUCUCCCUGGCUUUGUUAAAACCACCACAGAGAAGCGAAAAGAAGAAAGAAAGUUAAACAGCUAGAAAGAGAGAGAGAAUGGCAGCUUCUUUCUGCGUUAAUGAGAGAAAGGUAUGUGUGAGAUGGGUGGAGAAAUAUUUCAAAGAUUGCCUCUGCAAUAUGAAGGAUGAAAUCUCGUUCGGUUUGGGUCUCACAAGUCUAGUAUUCUGGGGAGUAGCUGAAAUUCCUCAAAUAAUAACCAUUUUUCGUACUAAGAAAAGCCAUGGAGUAUCCCUCAUCUUUCUCCUCACUUGGGUCGCUGGGGAUAUAUGCAAUUUGACUGGUUGCCUUCUCGAACCAGCUACUCUGCCAACACAGUAUUACACAGCUCUGCUUUACACAAUCACUACGAUCGUAUUACUUCUGCUAAUCAUAUAUUACGACUACAUAAGCAAUUGGUACAAACGUCCUCAGAAGCUCAACCACAAAAGGGAUGAAGAAGAUGAGAGAAAACCAUUGAAGGCACCGAAGCCAGCCUACGACUCUGGAAUUCCAAUACCAAACGGCACACGCAAAGCAGUACCUAGACAGGAGCACUAUUAUAUGUCAGCAAGAUCAUUGGCUGGAAGUGGCACUCCACCCUGGGGAACUUACAUGAGAGCUGCUAAAAGUGGUCCUUCAACCAUGGAAUCCAUAGAUGCCUCUUCUUCCGAGGAUGAUGAAGCUUAUCCUCCAAUCAAGGCAAGGCCAAUCCAACGUCCUGCAGUUGGAAGUUAUGGUACAUUUCUAGCAGCUGCUGUUAGUUUGCCUCUCAAGGCUAAUGCUUUGAGGGAAGGGUACAUGAGAUUUGCUGGAAGAAAACUUUUGCAGGAAUACGAGACACAUAGUACAUUGGGUCAAUGCUUGGGAUGGCUCAUGGCUGGUAUCUAUAUAAGUGGUCGGCUUCCUCAAAUAUGGUUGAAUAUUAAAAGAGGCAGUGUGGAGGGCUUAAAUCCUUUCAUGUUCGUCUUUGCAUUGGUAGCUAACGUCACUUACGUGGGAAGUAUUCUUGUGAGAACUACAGAAAUGCAAAGCAUCAAAGCUAACAUGCCAUGGUUAUUGGAUGCAGUAUUGUGCGUGGCAUUGGACCUUUUCAUAAUAAUGCAGUACAUCUACUAUAGAUACUUUCGAAGGAGAGAAGGAAAAGGAGACAACUACGAAGAAGAAAGAGCUGCAUCAGCUUGAGUUUUGUGGCUAGUUGUGCGGUGGCUGUUUGAUGUUGAAUUGAAAAACUAAUGGGACGUUAAAAAGAUUGAUCUACAAUUACACUUACUACUGUGCAACACUUUCAAGAGAGAAAUAUUUGUCAUAUAUAUGUAUGGUAUAUGGGAAAUUAGUAGCUUGUUUACUUUUUGAAGACAUGACAAGGGUUACUUUGAAAUUAUGUUCUUAUCCAAUGACUAACAAAGCUAGUGAAAUUAUGGGAAAUUAAGACUAUGGCAGUUCUUAAAGAAAAGAAAAUAUUUUAAUACAAAUUUUUAGAUAAUAUUUUGAUACAA